AUGAGGAAAAAAAGUAGCGCAAAAGCAGAAAAAACCGCAAAAUUAGCCUUCGAGGUAGCGCAAACGGAUCAAACAGAACCGUUGGAUUUAUCAAUAUCAAAAGUGAAAGUGAAGGGGGAUGGAUUACAAGGCUUAUCAAUGGAAAGAAAGGGUGAAGAAGAAAUUGGAUUGCAAGUGUUGCAAACAAAGCUCUUGGAUUUAUCGGCUCCAAAAGCAAAAAAGGAAGGAAAUAGGGCACAAAGUUUAUCAGUGGAGGGAGUGAGUGAUGAACGAAUAAAACCACUGUUACGGCUCGUUCCAAUCGAAACAGUAGUGAAACUAUCAAGGCAAGAAGGAAGGGCGAGAACGAAGAAGCGUUGUGAUAUAUGUCGAAAGGAAGUAUCAAACAUGAAAGAACAUAUGAUGACUCAUACAGGUGAGAAGCCGUACAGCUGUUCAAUAUGCAGAAAGAAUUUCGCUCAGUUGUGGAAUUUAAAAAGACAUAUGAUGACUCAUACCGGUGAGAAGCCGUACAGUUGUUCAAUAUGCAAAAAGAAUUUCACUAACACCGCUAGUAUGAAGCAGCACAUGAUAACUCAUACCGGUGAGAAGCCGUACAGUUGUUCAAUAUGCAAGAAGAAUUUCGCUCAGUCCGGGGAUAUGAAAAAACAUAUGAUGACUCAUACCGGCGAAAAGCCGUACAGUUGCCCGACAUGCAAAAAAAAUUUCACUGACUCCAGUAAUAUGAAAAAACAUAUGAUGACUCAUACCCGUGAGAAGCCGUACAGUUGUUCAUUAUGCAAAAUGAAUUUUACUCAGUUCAGUAAUCUGAAAGAACAUAUGAUGUUUCAUGCCGAUGAGAAGCCGUACAGUUGUUCAAUAUGCAAAAAGAAUUUCACUCAGCUCGGGGAUAUGAAAAAACAUAUGAUGAUUCAUACCGGUGAAAAGCCGUACAGUUGUCCAACAUGCAGGAAAAGUUUCACACAUAAACACCAUUUGCAGUCUCACAUGGGAACUCAUGACGUAGCGCAAACGGAUCAAACAGAACCAUUGGAUUUAUCAAUAUCAAAAGUGAAAGAGAAAGGCAAUGCAUUACAAGGCUUAUCAAUGGAAAGAAAGUGUGAAGAAGAAAUUGGACUGCAAUUGCUUCAAACAAAAACAUUGUAUUCAACCGCUUCAAAAGUCAGUGAUGAACGAAUUCCAAUCGAAACAGUCAUGAAAGUAAUGGAAAUGUCAAAGCAGGAAAGUAGAACGAAAAAGAAGCAACGCCACGAUGUACACCAAAAGCAAGAACAUACGAUGACUCAUACCGAUGAGAAGCCGUACAGUUGUCCGACAUGCAAAAAGAACUUUACUCAGUUCAGUAAUAUGAAAAAACAUAUGAUGACUCAUACCGGUGAGAAGCCGUGCAGUUGUCCAAUGUGCAAAAAGAAUUUUACUCAGUUCAGUAAUAUGAAAAAACAUAUGAUGACUCAUACCGGUGAGAAAGCGUACAGUUGUUCAAUAUGCAAAAAGAAUUUCACUCAGUUCAGUAAUAUGAAAAAACAUAUGAUGACUCAUACCGGUGAGAAGCCGUACAGUUGUUCAAUAUGCAAAAAGAAUUUCACUCAGUUCGGGGAUAUGAAAAAACAUGUGAUGACUCAUACCGGUGAGAAGCCGUACAGUUGUUCAAUAUGCAAGAAGAAUUUCACUCAAUUCGGGGAUAUGAAAAAACAUAUGAUGACUCAUACCGGUGAAAAGCCGUACAGUUGUCCGACAUGCAAAAAGAACUUCACUGAGUCCGGCAAUAUGAAAAGGCAUGUGAUGAGUCAUACGGGUGAAAAACCAUACAGUUGCCCGAUAGAAGUUCGCACCGAAUCAGUAGCGCAAACGGAUCAAACAGAACCAUUGGAUUUAUCAAUAUCAAAAGUGAAAGAGAAAGGCAAUGCAUUACAAGGCUUAUCAAUGGAAAGAAAGUGUGAAGAAGAAAUUGGACUGCAAUUGCUUCAAACAAAAACAUUGUAUUCAACCGCUUCAAAAGUCAGUGAUGAACGAAUUCCAAUCGAAACAGUCAUGAAAGUAAUGGAAAUGUCAAAGCAGGAAAGUAGAACGAAAAAGAAGCAACGCCACGAUGUACACCAAAAGCAAGAACAUACGAUGACUCAUACCGAUGAGAAGCCGUACAGUUGUCCGACAUGCAAAAAGAACUUCACUGAGUCCGGCAAUAUGAAAAGGCAUGUGAUGAGUCAUACGGGUGAAAAACCAUACAGUUGUCCGAUAUGCGGGAAAAGUUCCACUCAUCCCGGUAAUAUGAAAAAACAUAUGAUGACUCAUACCGGUGAGAAGCCGUGCAGUUGUCCGAUUUGCAAGAAGAAUUUCACUGAUUCCAGUAAUAUGAAAAGACAUAUGAUGACUCAUACCGGUGAGAAGCCGUACAGUUGUUCAAUAUGCAAAAAGAAUUUCACUCAGUUCGGGGAUAUGAAAAAACAUAUGAUGACUCAUACCGGUGAGAAGCCGUACAGUUGUUCAAUAUGCAAGAAGAAUUUCACUCAAUUCGGGGAUAUGAAAAAACAUAUGAUGACUCAUACCGGUGAAAAGCCGUACAGUUUUCCAGUAUGCAAAAAGAGCUUCAUUGAGUCCGGCAAUAGAAAAAGGCAUAUGAUGACACAUGCCGGUAGAAAACCGUACAGUUGUUCAGUAUGCAAAAAGAAUUUCACUCAGUUCAGUAAUAUGAAAAAACAUAUGAUGACUCAUACCGGUGAGAAGCCGUACAGUUGUUCAAUAUGCAAAAAGAAUUUCACUCAAUUCGGGGAUAUGAAAAAGCAUAUGAUGACUCAUACCGGUGAAAAGCCGUACAGUUGUCCAGUAUGCAAAAAGAGCUUCAUUGAGUCCGGCAAUAGAAAAAGGCAUAUGAUGACACAUGCCGGUAGAAAACCGUACAGUUGUUCAGUAUGCAAAAAGAAUUUCACUCAGUUCGGGGAUGUGAAAAAACAUAUGAUGACUCAUACCGGUGAGAAACCAUACAAUUGUCCGAUAUGCAAAAGGAAUUUCACUAACUCCGCUAAUAUUAAGCAACACAUGCUGACUCAUGCCGGUCAAAAGCCGUACAGUUGUCCAACAUGCAAAAAAAAUUUUACUCAGUUCAGUAAUAUGAAAAAACAUGUGAUGAUUCAUACCGGUGAGAAGCCGUACAGUUGUUCAAUAUGCAAAAAGAAUUUUACUCAAUUGGGAAAUAUGAAAAUACAUAUGAUGAUUCAUACCGGUGAGAAGCCGUACAGUUGUUCAAUAUGCAAGAAAAGUUUCACUCAGUUCGGGGAUAUGAAAAAACAUAUGCUGAUUCAUACCGGUGAAAAGCCGUACAAUUGUCCAAUAUGCAGAAAAAGUUUCACACAAAAAUACAAUUUGCAGUCUCACAUGCUAACUCAUGAUAUAAACAGACCAGUCUACCACUGUACUGUAUGCAGUAAAGAUUUUCAGACUAAAUGCGGAUUGAAAUUACACAUGCGGGAUCAUUAA